AUGGGGAAAGAACAUGGCCCUCUCACAAAGGACCUCCUUCAUCCCUCUCCAGGAGAAGAGAAAAGGAAACACAAGAAGCAGCACCCGAUGCAGAGCCCCAACUCCUACUUCAUGGAUAUGAAAUGCUCAGGAUGCUAUAAGGUCGCUGCGGUCUUUAGCCAUGCACAGACUCCCCUCUGCCAGCUCACAGGAGAAAAAGCAGGGCUUACAAGGUUUGCAGAAGGAUGCUCCUUCAAACAGCUGCAGCACCGAAAGCACCUGAAGCAAGAUGAAUGGGAUAUCAUCCCCAGUAAACACGUUUUAGAUUAA